AUGAAAACAACCCACCUGCUAACACCUGGACCUCCGGAACCGCCACCAGGGCCACCACAGCCAACACCUGGACCAACCGGUCCCCCGAGAACAACAGAUGAAAACAACCCACCUGGACCUCCAGGACCGUCACCAGGGCCACCACAGCCAUCACCUGGACCUCCGGGACCGCCACCAGGGCCACCACAGCCAACACCUGGACCUCCGGGACCGCCACCAGGGCCACCACAGCCAACACCUGGACCAACUGGACCGCCACCAGGGCCACCACAGCCAUCACCUGGACCUCCGGGACCGCCACCAGGGCCACCAAGGCCACCAAGGCCAACACCUGGACCUCCGGCACCACCACCACCAGGUCCACCACAGCCAACACCUGGACCUCCGGGACCGCCACCAGGCCCACCAAGGCCAACACCUGGACCUCCGGCACCGCCACCAGGGCCACCACAGCCAACACCUGAACCUCCGGCACCGCCACCAGGGCCACCACAGCCAACACCUGGACCAACUGGUCCUCCUAGAACAACAGAUGAAAACAGCCCACCUGGACCUCCAGGACCGCCACCAGGGCCACCACAGCCAUCACCUGGACCUCCGGGACCGCCACCAGGGCCACCAAGGCCAACACCUGGACCUCCGGCACCACCACCAGGCCCACCACAGCCAACACCUGAACCUCCGGGACCGCCACCAGGGCCACCACAGCCAACACCUAGACCAACUGAUCCCCCGAGAACAACAGAUGAAAACAACCCACCUGGUCCUCCGGGAUCGCCACAGCUAACACCUGGACCUCCGGAACCGCCACCAGAGCCACCACAGCCAACACCUGGACCAACUGGUCCCCCGAGAACAACAGAUGAAAACAACCCACCUGGACCUCCAGGACCGCCACCAGGGCCACCACAGCCAUCACCUGGACCUCCGGGACCGCCACCAGGGCCACCAAGGCCAACACCUGGACCUCCGGCACCACCACCAGGCCCACCACAGCCAACACCUGAACCUCCGGGACCGCCACCAGGCCCACCACAGCCAACACCUGGACCAACUGGUCCCCCGAGAACAACAGAUGAAAACAACCCACCUGGUCCUCCGGGAUCGCCACAGCUAACACCUGGACCUCCGGAACCGCCACCAGGGCCACCACAGCCAACACCUGGACCAACUGGUCCCCCGAGAACAACAGAUGAAAACAACCCACCUGGACCUCCAGGACCGCCACCAGGGCCACCACAGCCAUCACCUGGACCUCCGGGACCGCCACCAGGGCCACCAAGGCCAACACCUGGACCUCCGGCACCACCACCAGGCCCACCACAGCCAACACCUGGACCUCCGGGACCGCCACCAGGCCCACCAAGGCCAACACCUGGACCUCCGGUACCGCCACCAGGGCCACCACAGCCAACACCUGAACCUCCGGCACCGCCACCAGGGCCACCACAGCCAACACCUGGACCAACUGGUCCUCCUAGAACAACAGAUGAAAACAACCCACCUGGACCUCCGGAACUGCCACCAGGCCCACCACAGCCAACACCUGGACCUCCGGCACCGCCACCAGGGCCACCACAGCCAACACCUGAACCUCCGGCACCGCCACCAGGCCCACCACAGCCAACACCUGGACCUCCGGCACCGCCACCAGGGCCACCACAGCCAACACCUGAACCUCCGGCACCGCCACCAGGGCCACCACAGUCAACACAGUCAACACCUGGACCAACUGGUCCUCCUACAACAACAGAUGAAAACAACCCACCUGGACCUCCGGAACCGCCACCAGGCCCACCACAGCCAACACCUGGACCUCCGGCACCGCCAUCAGGGCCACCACAGCCAACACCUGGACCUCCGGCACCGCCACCAGGGCCACCACAGCCAACACCUGAACCUCCGGCACCGCCACCAGGACCACCACAGCCAACACCUGGACCAACUGGUCCUCCUACAACAACAGAUGAAAACAACCCACCUGGACCUCCGGGACCGGCACCAGGGCCACCACAGUCAACACCUGAACCUGCGGCACCGCCACCAGGGCCACCACAGCCGACACCUGGACCUCCAGGAUCGCCACAGCUAACACCUGCACCUCCGGCACUGCCACCAGGGCCACCACAGCCAACACCUGGACCAACUGGUCCUCCUACAACAACAGAUGAAAACAACCCACCUGGACCUCCAGGACCGUCACCAGGGCCACCACAGCCAACACCUGAACCUCCGGCACCGCCACCAGGGCCACCACAGCCAACACCUGGACCAACUGGUCCUCCUAGAACAACAGAUGAAAACAACCCACCUGGACCUCCGGGACCACCACCAGGGUCACCAGAGCCAGCAUCUGGACCUCCUGGACCGCCAACAUCAGAGCCUCCGGGAUCACCACCAGGGGCACCCGAGUCGACACCUGCACCAACUGGUCCCCCUAGAACAACAGAUGAAAACAGACAAACUGGACCACCACAUCAAACUUCUGGGCUUCCAGGACCACCACUGCCAACACCUGGAUCGCCUACAGUAAAACCACCACCUGACCCAACUGGAUGUUCACCCGUACCAAUUACUCCAGCUGUAAAACCUAUCUGCCCAUCAGGACCAGGCCAACACCAAGACUGCAUAGACCACCACCGGGACUUAAUACGCCACCACUUGCACAAAAUAAACCACCAUCUGGUACAUCUGGGUGAGCACAUUGACCCUUCAGACCAGCGCCUCCUUAAUCAUAUAGGCGACCUCCUACAUCAGAUAGGGGAUCACCUGGAUGACAUAGGCAAGGGCGUAGGUUUGCGUAGGGACGAUUUAAUCGACGGGAGAACUCUCAGGAGCGAAGUGUCCUUUCCCAAGGCCUUGCUUCUGAGGACCACAUCGCUGUGGCCAGCUCAGUUUCCUGCUCCACGGGAAAGGCUGGAGGAGCAUCCCUCCACAUCAGGGCCCCAGCAUGAGUUCGUCCUUCCUCCAAACAGGAUGGGACAGGCUAAGUUGCGGCCGGGUGGGACCUUAGCUGCUCCUGUCUGGGCUCUUACUCCUGUUGCCCCAGUGGCAGGCCAAAACUAA